AUGGCUGGGGAAAGUGUGGUUAAAGUAUUAAACCUUGAGGCAUCUUUAACUCAUUUCAAAACAUGUCUACAGGUCAGUCCAGGUCUACAGGAGGUCGAGGCUGAAAACCUCGAAUUAAAAGAUCAACUGACAACACUAUUAGAAUCUCAGACUUCCAAAUCAUCAGGUAUUGGAUCUGAUCUAAGUGACUCUGAUCUGGACCCACUCUACGGGUUUAAUACUUCAAGAAGUAAUUCACCUGAGAAAACUACACAAAGAAGCAUACAUACAGUCACAGAAAGUAGCCUCAUACACCCUGAAGACCAGAUAAGCCCUGGGACCCAAACCCAAAAUACAUUUGAUCCGGACACAGUUAAUCCUGAUAGAGUUAAUCCUGAUAUGGAAAUUAAAUCUGUUUGCGAGAUGUUUACCCAAACCUGUACUCAGGAAUACGAGUUGCAGAUUAACAAUCUAACCAAGGAGAUACAGAAGUUGUCUGAGUUCAAGCACUUGGUUGAAAACAGAGGAAUUCAGGGAAUACAAGGCUCUCCCGUCCUUCAUACGGUUCUAGAAUCCAAAAGUCCAGUGUUAACAGACAAUGUUGUUAAUCAAAAUUGGAUGGAAAUAAUGGACGAGAGCGAAGAAAACGAAAGUUUACUAAAUGAAUUUGAUUUAGAAACGUCUAUAAGAGUGAAGGGUGAAUACUUGAAUGAACUAAAAAAUGGAUUGAGGACAAUGAGGAUGGAAGUUAUCAGGGUGAAGAAGGAAAAGGAGAGGAUGGAGAAUGAAAUGGAGAACAUGAAGAAGGAGAAGGAGAUGAUGGAAGAGGAGCUGGAGAAGAUGGUGGAGGAGAGGGAGGAGAAGGAGGAUGAGUUUGAGAGGAUUAAGGAGGAGAAGGAUGAACUCGAAGAACUGGAAAAUGAUUCAAGAUUAAGAUCUCAGCAGUUAGAGACUGAAGUUGAGAGACUGGAAAAGAAUUUAAAGAUUGUAAAUGAAGAAGUGAUCGUUGAAAGAAAAGCAUUAAAACAUUUACGAGGUGUUUAUCAUCAACUUAAGGAAAAAGAGACAGAAUUCUGUGGGGAAAUUGAAUAUUUGGAAUCACUGCUUCAGCAAUAUGAAACAAAACUAGCAGGGAUGGAGGAGCGUGAUACCAAGCUGAGAAGCGCUCUUUAUUCUCUUGUGACAGGUGUCACUAUCUGGAGUUAUUAUCAUCAUCAUGCAUUCUGCUUAUACAAGAAAGCGGGACUUCCAUACCACCACCAGCAAUCCUCAUCCUCAGUUUCUUCAAGCUUUAACCUACCCUUGGAGUAUACAACGUUUACAGAGACUCCUUGUAGUUCCACAGAGUGUAAAGGAACCCUGGAACAUGGUUCAGAUCUAGAUAGUUUACUGGCGGAGAAUCAAGAGCUCCGGGUAACCCUCGAGACUUUACUAAAGGAGAAGCAUGAUCUGGUUUCCUAUGGGCUGGAUCAAGAGGAGAGAAUUGGAACCUUACAAGAUAAGCUUGAGAAACUUGACCAGGAUAGAAACCUUACCCUUGAGAAACUAAACCUCAACCUCAACCUGAUCAGGACGGAGAAGGAUUCCGUAGAGGAGAAGUUAGAAAACCAUACUCGGAGAAUAUCAGGGUUAGAGUCUAGUCUUCAAAUACUCACACAAGAGAGAGAUGAUCUAUAUUUAGUCCUUUCAGAUCUGAACGAGGAUAAAAGGGAUGAUAUUGCAGAAAUGAAUUUAGUUUCUAAACUCAAUAAUGUGGUGGAGAACUAUAAACGGCAAACCCUGGAGUUGGAACAGUAUCAGAAUAAGGAAAGCGCUUUCCGUGAGACUCUUGCUGAAGCAGAUAUAUUCAUGGUGAACCUGGAGAACAAAUACAAGGAAAAUAUCAACAACAAGGACCAGGAAAUCAUCAUGCUUAAUCAUAAUCUUCAUCAGUAUAGAGAACGGUUUGAGCGGUGGAAUGCUAAUAAGCUGUCUGGAGAGGAGAAUGAACUAGCUGACACGGUCAGCCUUGAAAACCUGUUCAGAGCAGAACAAACUGAAAUGCAACUCAGAAAGAAGGUGUUCAACCUGGAGCAGAGUGAGCAGGAACUGACCGGUCGUCUUCUGAAGCAGGAGAAGGAGGUUGUGCUCCUGAAAGGUGAGAUGAAGGAGCAGGAGGAGAUGUUGAAUCACCUGGAGGAGAUCAGGAGGGAGAACCAGGCGCUCAGGGACCAGCUUAUCAAGAAAAAGGAAUUGGAGUUUAAAAAUCAGGAGUUAAGUCAAUCUUUGGAGUUCCUGGAAGGACGAGUAGAAGAACUGGAACAAAUAGAAUCCAAUCUUAGGAUGGGUUUACAGGAGAAGGAACUGGUUGUUCUAAAUCGUGAGAGAAAACUUCAUGAUCUUGAAUCAAGAUUAGAGGAUGAAAGACAUUUACAUGAUCAUUAUAAAAACAGGUAUGAGGAUGGAUAUGAUCAGAUGAAGGAUGAUGAUACUAGCUUGAGAUUGGUGGCCGAGAACCUAAAGCUGGAGAUAUCAACGCUAAACCAAGAGUUGAUUAAUAAACAGGCAGAAUUCUCUAGUUCAGAGACAUCUUUAAGAAACGAGGUUCAUAAAAGUCGUCAACAGCUUCAACUCUGUAAUGAGCAGCUAAAUGAACUGGAUUGUAUGAACCAGCAGCUUCGGAGCAGCUUAUCCCAGUUGGAGCAACAGCUUCUUGACAAAUCAGGAGCUGAUGAAUUGAAGCUUCAAGCUUCAGAAGAAAGCUGUUUAUUGCUUACAGAAAAGGUUAAAGAGAAAGAAGAAACGAUUUCUAGGUUAAAAGCUCAACGUGAACUCUGGGUAGGACGAGCAGAUUUCCAGGAGCUGGAUCUGCUAAGUGAAGGAGAGCUUGGAUUAGUUCAUCUAGAAAAUCUGAUUAAACAAAUCAAGAUUAGGAUAGAAACUUGUAGAUCCUGCUCUUCUACCUUGGGACCUUAUAUCAUGGAGAUUGGUUCUCAACUUACCAUCCUUUCCUCAAUAAUUUCUGGGGAGGAGGGUAGACUAGGGAGGUACUCUUUAGAUAGGGAGCUGGGAGCUUCAGGGAGCUGCUCUUUAGAUAGGGAGCUUGGAGCUUCAGGGAGCUGCUCUUUAAACAAGGAGCUACGAGCAAUAGAGAGCCAGCAAAUUUGGAAUGAGAGGAUAAAUGAAGCUACGAAAAUGAAUAGCGAAGAAUUGGGAAGAUGUGAAAGUGAAGAACUUUUAAUAAACUUUGAUGAAAGAGAAAGAGAGGAGGAUUAUAAAGAACUAAAUGAUAACAAUGAGAACGUUGAUAAGUCAAGUGAUCUUCAGAGCAAUGAUCCUCAUGAAUAUGAUGAAAGAAUUGAUCAAAAUGAUCAUGAAAAUGAGGAUGAAUCAUUUAAUGAUAUCGAGAAUGAACCCUACCCUCAUUUACUAUCAAGACUUUAA